AUGGCAUCUCUACGACCGACCUUCGCCCUGAGAGGUCGGUGUCAGUCUUCGGCGCCGCAAUGGCAGCAACUUCGGCGGAUGUUACAGGGCCUGCAGCUAAGCCACAAGGCCAGCAGUGCGAGGCUGCUGUCCACGACGACCUCGGGCGCCGACGAUACCAUCACCCCCGAUGAAUUCGCAGCUAUGAGCAUGGGACGGGUCCGUGCUGCCCUACAAGACAUGGACAGGCGGAACCAGACACCGGGCAGCAGCGAGCUGCGGAUGCCUCCACACGCUCGAGCCCUACCGAUAUCGCCGUCGUACUUCUCGCGACAGGCCGAUUUCAACGACAGCUACCUCACACUACAGAAGUUGAUGCGGCAAUAUGCCCAUCUGCCGACCGUGCCGGCAGACCAGGUGGAGAAAGCGGCUUUCAGGACGCUGAAGGAUUUCCGCUUGUCGGCUGGCGAAGACGUCAGGGCGGCCGAGUAUGCGAAGGCCAUGAAGCUGGUUAGGCGGCUGCACAAGAUUCACCCGUCACUGGCACCGGAGAGCGUCAAAGAGGCUGUUGGGAAGUUCAAGCGGAACAUCAACCCACACACCAACAUUGCCAAGCCAAUUGAAAUCGACAGAUUCGGCAGGGCACUGGGCGUGGGACGAAGGAAGACGUCGACGGCACGCGCGUGGGUGGUAGAAGGCACUGGCGAGGUUCUCAUCAACGGGAAAUCGCUGGCAGAUGCAUUCGGCCGCGUGCACGACCGAGAGAGCGCCAUGUGGCCGCUGAAGGCUUCGCAGCGCGUGGACAAGUACAAUGUGUGGGCGCUCGUCGACGGCGGUGGCACGACCGGGCAAGCAGAGGCACUCACUCUCGCUGUUGCCAAAGCUCUCCUGGCACAUGAGCCGGCGCUCAAGCCGGUGCUUCGCCGAGCUGGCGUCGUAACUCGGGAUCGCAGGACCGUGGAGAGAAAGAAGCACGGCCACCUCAAGGCAAGGAAGAAGCCUGCCUGGGUCAAGCGUUAA